UAAAUAAAAGCGGUCAAUGUAUAUGAAGGCUUUAAUAUUGAAUCGGGAACAAUGCAUGACAACAGCAAUAGCAACAAAAAAUGUAAUGGAAAUAACUUAUCAAUUAGGAAAUCUACUAGCCACAGUAGCAGUAAGAGCAGCAACUUUUAUUGGAAAUAUACCAGCACAAGUGCUUUCAUCACUUGGGCAACAACGAUGGCAUCCACCGUUUCGUUGGCAAUGACAACUCCCUUGCCAACAUUUUCAAGCAAUUUAGAUUUAAUGACGAUGGCAUCGAGUGCAACUGGGACUUUAAAUCAAUCAACGACGACGAACUGCACAGAAGAAUUGUUGGAAAUAGAUUCACCGACAAAUCAAACAUUAAGUACAUAUCCCGCACUUGUGCACUUUCGUGGCGUAUACGAUGUCUCCUUUAUCGCAAAGAUAAAUCCGUUCUGGUUGCAAUUUGAGCCGCCAACCACAAGGACGUACUACAUAUUGGCAGUUAUUUACAUCAUCAUAUCAAGCGUUGGUUGCAUUGGCAACGCGUUAGUAAUUUUUAUGUUUAUUCGCUGUAAAUCUUUACGGACACCUGCGAAUACGUUGGUCAUCAAUCUGGCUGUAAGCGAUUUGAUAAUGUUAGUAAAAUGUCCAAUUGCUAUAUACAAUAAUUUUAAACAGGGUCCAGCAUUGGGUGACAUAGCUUGCCGUCUUUAUGGCUUUAUAGGUGGCCUCAGUGGUACCGCUUCAAUUGGAACAUUAACAGCCAUUGCCAUAGAUCGUUACAAUGUAGUUGUAUAUCCAUUGGAUCCGAUACGUAAAAAAUUUUUAUUAAGAGCACAUAUUAUCAUAUCAACGAUUUGGAUUUAUAGUCUAUUAUUUUCGAUAGUGCCAGCAUUGGAUAUUGGCUUAUCUGUUUAUGUACCUGAAGGUUUUCUAACAACAUGUAGUUUCGACUACUUAGAUAAAGAUACGAAAGCGCGUAUAUUUAUGUUUGUAUUUUUUAUAGCUGCUUGGUGUAUACCACUUAUAACGAUUUGUUACUCAUACUUUUAUAUAUUAAAAGUAGUUUGUGCAGCGAAUCGCAUACAAUCGAGCAAGGAUAAGAAUAAGACUGAACAGAAACUGGCCAUAAUAGUCGUUUGUAUAAUCGGGUUGUGGUUUUUGGCUUGGACGCCAUAUUCAAUUGUUGCUAUGUUAGGUGUAUUUGGUAUGGAAGAAUAUAUAACACCACUUGGUUCAAUGAUUCCAGCUUUGUUUUGUAAAACAGCGGCAUGCAUUGAUCCAUAUAUAUAUGCAGCAACACAUCCACGAUAUCGUAUGGAAUUUCGUCGUUUAUUUUAUGGCGCGCGGGAUUUACGACGAUCAUCCACGACACGUUCUUCGUAUAUGACAAGAUCUACAAGGUCGUCACGUCGAUUGCGUACAGUAUGUGAUAUCGAAUCAGUACGUAGUCGACCGCCAGAAAAUUUUAAAAAUAAUAAUUUGAAGGCAGUACCCGAAGUAUCGGAAGAAAAUGACUCUUGUGUAGCGGAAGAGUUAAUUGAAAUUAAUGACAUAAUAGAACAAAGUAAAUUUUAAAUGUUUUUAGUAUAUGAAGAAAAUACAAUUGAUUGAAGUACAAA